UGUUUUUUUCACACAAAAAUACAGAGCAAAGCAGAAAAAGAAUGAUGUCCGGUGUGUGCAUGUGUGUGUUCCUGUGUGUGUGUUCCUGUGUGUGUGUGUGUGUGUGUGGGGUGGGAAGGACUCAGAGCUGCUGUGAGCAGAUGCGUGUCAGUCAUCAGCGGUGAAUCAGAGGGGGAGGAUGAAGCUUCUACUGAGCAGUCUGCUACUCGCCUCCUUUUGUGCCCUCUCAUCUUGGAGUGUUUCAUCUGCCGGUGAAUCUGCUGUUAGCCAGAGCCAUGAUGUCUCUGUGGUGGAGGGGGAGACGGUAGAGAUCACCUGCUGCUGGACACUAGAGUAUGAAACUGUCAGAGUUAUAUGGCAGAAAAAUAAAACAGAGUUAACGAGGAAACAGAUGAUCUUCAAGAAUUACUCUUAUGGAUCACUGCAAAAUAAGACAUCUAACUGCUCACAACUGACCUUAAUGCAUGUCACAAGAGGCGAUUCAGGGACAUACAUCUGCAGGGUGAUAGUGGAAAUACCCAAUCUCAUUGAGGUGCUAGGAAAUGGUACCGUCCUCACAGUCACUGCUAAGAACAACACAACAGGGCCCAAGUUGCCCCUCAUCACUUCCCUGGCUGUGGUGUCUCCGUUGCUCCUCAUUGCUCUCGUGUGUGUCUGCGCUCUGCAACGAAGACAAGUGCAUGCCACCAGGGUGAUCUACGAGGUUCCCCACAUUGACUCUGAGGAGGUAGAAAUGGACAAACACAGCACCAGCUCAUCCAGAGGGUCUUCUCAGUGGUGUCAGGUACCAGUGUAUGAAUCCUUCGAUUACUUUGAACGUGUCGAGACCAAAGAAAGUGGAUGAGGAUGUGCUGAUCAUGGAAACUUUCCCAUCUUUUGCUAGUUUUGAUACUUUUCAGCAUGUAUAUAAUGUACAUUCUUUCACUCACCUUUACUUGAAUUGUGUACUUUUGUAUAUUAGGAUUUUACAUGAAAUAUAUGUAAUAUGUAAAUAUUUUAUAUUUUUCCAUAAACUCAGUUCUCGCUA